CUGAUAUUUUAAAUUCAUGUCAACCACAAACAUACACUUUCCUCCGUACUUAUGGGUAAGAAAUAAAUAUGUGACUAAGUAGAAUUGCAUUCAACCAUAUCAUGGGCAUUGCCAUAGCAUCACUACCUCUCUCAAUAUCUCAACAAAAACACCAUAAUAUCAAACCCAAUUCUAAUCAUUCUAAGACAUACAACACAUACUUACUAAUCCAAUGUUGUCACAACCAAACAGAACACAAUCAACACAUAGAUUCACUGACCAACAACAAUGUACAUACUAGGUUUCCAGAGAAAAAUCCUCUCAUAAAUCCUUUAGUAGCUUCCACUUUUGGUGUAGUACCUCCAAGGCCUAAAAGAAUAAUCCUUGUUAGACAUGGAGAGAGUGAAGGAAACGUGGAUGAAAGUGUUUACACAAGGGUACCUGAUCCAAAAAUUGGCCUUACUAAAAGAGGAAAAGUUCAAGCAGAGGAAUGUGGACAAAGAAUCAAGAACAUGAUUGAGAAAGAUAGUGAUGAAAAUUGGCAACUCUACUUUUAUGUGUCUCCAUAUAGAAGGACUCUGGAAACUUUGCAAAGUUUAGCUCGGCCUUUUGAACGCUCGAGAAUUGCUGGUUUUAGAGAAGAGCCUCGCAUUCGAGAACAAGAUUUCGGGAAUUUUCAAAAUAGAGAAUUGAUGAAAGUUGAAAAAGCGCAACGCAAUCUUUACGGUCGUUUCUUUUACCGAUUUCCAAAUGGGGAAUCUGCUGCUGAUGUGUAUGAUAGAAUCACCGGAUUUAGAGAAACACUUAGAGCGGAUAUUAAUAUAGGACGGUAUCAACCACCCGGAGAGAAGAAUUUUGACGUGAACUUAGUCAUCGUGUCACACGGUUUAACGCUUAGAGUUUUUCUCAUGAGGUGGUACAAGUGGACAGUUGAACAGUUUGAGGGUCUUAACAACUUUAACAAUGGAGGCGAGCUUGUCAUGGAAAGGGGUUAUGGUGGAAGGUAUAGCUUAUUGAUGCACCAUGAUGAACAAGAGUUAAGACAAUUUGGAUUGACUGAUGAAAUGCUGAUUGAUCAAGAAUGGCAUAAAAUUUCUAGACCUGCUGAUCUGAAUUACGAUUGUCCAAUGGUGAAUUCCUUCUUUCCUCAUCUUCAUGAAGAAACAAGCAGAAUCCAACAACAAGGAUAGUGAACCAACCAAAAUUUGUAGCAACUUCAUCAUGGUCAAUGAUGGCAAUGCAUUGGCUGUAUAUAUGGACUAUGGAAUAGUAUAUUUUUUGUAACAUAGAUAGAAAAAAGUUGUACAAAUUUUUAGUAAUUGAAGUAGAUAAUUUUGUAUA